UACUAAAAACCUAAAUAGUAAUGGAGAGACACGAUCAAGAGUUGAGAUACCAAAAACGGCGAUUAAGGCCCUGUUCAUUUCCCUGUCGCUGGAUCCAGCGACAGCGACCAGCGACCAGCGACAGCAACCAGCGACAGCAACCAGCGACAGCAACCAGCGACAACAUACAUUGUUCGUUUGUCUGUCGCUGGACUCAGCGACCAAUUACAGCGACAAUCGCUAAUAAUUGUCGCUGUGUUGCAAACGAACAACUUUUGGUCGUUGUCGCUGGUUUCAGUCGCCAGCGACAAGCAAACGAACAGGGCCUAAAUUCUAUUAUAACCGGAGAUAUUCCAAACUCUAAAGGCGAGGGUUCUUCUCCAGCGGCAAAAUUUAUGGACAAUGUUGUCUACAGAUUGUGUUUCAAGGGUUUGGUGAAUUAUGAGGCGGUUGCGGACGAUGUAGAAAAGGCAGUGAAGGCUGGAUUUGGGGUUGCGAUUUGCGAUGAGAAGGAUAAUUUGUUGCAUGAGAUUAAAGAAUCACUUAGAGACAUUGAGAUUAGUCGUAGAGGAGUAGAGAUCAUGGCACUGAUAAUUGGUAGAGGGAAGUCUAAAAAGAAGAUUGACCAUCUUGUGGAAGAAGUUCAAGGCAUUUUAGAAAAAAUGGCCUGUAUUGACGCUGUUUUGGUUGCACGGAACGAUGUUAAGUUUGCUUUUAGACUUGCAAGAGAAGCCAUAGGCAGAAACAGCGUUGAUGUGAACGCAGAACAAGGAGAGACUUGUGGCAUAUUUUUUGAAGAAACCGAUGUAGAGCACAUGUUCGUUACCGAGAAAUGCCUUCACCGUCAUUGCUUUCCUUGUGUGAAACAACAUGUGAAAGUGAAGCUGCGUAGCGGAACUGAGCCCACAUGCCUUGAAUAUGGAUGCAAGUUUAAGCUCACCCUUGAAAGAUGUAGUAAAGUGUUGACACUAAAGCUUAUUGAGAUGUGGAAACAAAAGAUGAAAGAAGACUCCAUUCCCGCUGCGGAGAGAAUAUAUUGCCCAUAUCCAAACUGCUCGAUGCUGAUGUCCAAAACCGAACUAUCCAGUGAAGCCGACUUAUCCAAUGUUAGGACAUGUGUCAAAUGUUGUGGACUAUUCUGCAUUGAUUGCAAAGUACCAUCGCAUACUGAUUUAUCGUAUGAUGAUUACAAGAAACUUCACCCUGACCCUCUAGUUGAUGACUUGAAGCUCAAGUCUCUCGCAAACGACAAAAUGUGGCGUCAAUGUGUCAAAUGUAGGCAUAUGAUUGAACUUUCUCAUGGCUGUAACCACAUGACUUGCAGAUGUGGUUAUGAGUUUUGCUAUGAAUGUGGGAUUGAAUGGCAGAAACGGGACAAGGUGAUUAUGAUGAUGAAGAUAGCGAUGAUGACGACUCAGAACAUGAUUGUGAAGAGGAUAUGUGCGAGUGCUAUUAUGAUGAAGAUGGUGGUCGUUGGAAUGAUUUUGAAGAUUUUCUACGAUGCGCCGAGGGAUGAUCAGGAUGUGGUAUACAAGUAUCCUUCUCCUGAGCAGUUUUUCAGUGAAGAAAGGAAUGCUGAUGGAGAUGAUUACAUUUGGGACGACUACAACAAUUAUGGCGGUUUAACUGGCGAUAAAGGAGGCUUUGAUGAAGGCUUUUUCAGAGAUUAUUAUUCUCUUUAAUUUCUGUUUGGAUCAACACAUAGAUUUAGUAUUGGAAGUUGGGAACACAUGCAUUCCAUCUUUUUCUUUUGCAUUUUCUUCUUUAUGAUCUUUGAGAAUUUUAAGGACAUUAUUUUUUUUCUUAACAUUGCAAUAAUUACAAAAUUUUUUU